AAGUGUAGCAGCAUGCUCGAGUAAGUGGCCAUUUGCAUAUGGAUUAGGCUGUGCGUGUAUUUUACAUUUUUUUUAAUCUCGGUUUUUAUUCGGAGGUGAAGCUGAUUCCAGCGCCGGAGCUGCCCGAAACUGACGGAUGCUGCUGCCUCGUGAACCGAUGAUGCUGAGCUAGAGCUGCUGAAAUCCUCUCUCUCUCUUUCUCUCUCACUCUCUCUUUCUCUCUCCUCUUCUCUCCCUCCUCGCUCCUCUCCUCCACACGCACAAAACGCUCUGUCAUGGCGUCUUCCAACCAUGUUACCCCCACCAACUGUAGCUGGUGGCCCAUCUCAGCCAUGGAUGAAGACGGUAAAAUCACAGACGGGGAGGAGUGCGAGGAACCGACGGCAGAGCUCAAACCCUUCAAUAAAGACAGGCUCGUUUUGUACCACUGGACGCAGUCUUUCACCUCCCAAAAGGUACGUCUAGUCAUUAAUGAGAAGGGUCUGGUCUGUGAGGAAAGGGAUGUGAGCAUGCCGCUGCAGGAGCACAAGGAGCCCUGGUUCAUGAGGCUGAACCUGGGGGAGGAGGUCCCCGUCUUCCUCCAUGGGGACACCAUCAUCAGCGACUACAACCAGAUUAUAGAUUACCUGGAGAAAAACUUUGUGGGAGACACGGUGGCGCAGCUGAUUCCUGAUGCAGAGUCGCCUCUCUAUGAGCGUGUGCAGCAGUACCGUCAGCUACUGGAUGGUCUGCCCAUGGACGCUUACACACACGGCUGCAUCCUUCAUCCAGAGCUUACGACCGACUCUAUGAUCCCAAAGUACGCCACCGCAGAAAUACGUAGACACCUGGCCAACGCUGCGACGGAGCUGAUGAAGUUGGACCAUGAGGAGCCUCAGCUGACAGAACCGUACCUGUCCAAACAGAAGAAACUCAUGGCAAAAAUCUUGGACCACGAUAAUGUGAAUUACCUGAAGAAAAUUCUGGGGGAGUUAGCCAUGGUUCUGGAUCAAGUAGAGGCUGAACUGGAGAAAAGAAAACUAGAGUAUCAAGGUCAAAAGUGUGAGUUGUGGCUAUGUGGACCUGAAUUUACACUAGCUGAUGUCUGCCUCGGAGCCUUGUUGCACAGGCUCAAGUUCUUGGGACUUUCUAAGAAAUACUGGGAGGACGGCAGCCGACCCAACCUGCAGUCCUUUUUUAUGCGUGUCCAAAAACGCUACGCUUUCCGCAAGGUCUUGGGCGACAUCCACACGACCCUUCUGUCUGCCGUCCUACCCAACGCUUUCCGGAUGGUAAAAAAGAAGCCACCGUCCUUCUUCGGGGCCUCUUUUCUCAUGGGCUCGCUUGGAGGGAUGGGCUACUUUGCCUACUGGUAUUUAAAAAAGAAAUAUAUGUAGUGAAUGCCCUCUUGUUGUGUUAAAUGUCUGUGUAUUUGUGUGAUGUUUCAACUUUUCUGUAAUGUUUUAUGACUGCAGGAAAACAUAAUGAAUCUAUAUAGAGAACACUAUUACUUACCUGGGUGAACAAAGAAUAUUAAAACAUUCCAUAAUAAGAAAUCUUGACAGCACAUUUUCUGGUAAUCAAGGCCUUCAUUGAGUUUAAUUUCUGGCAACUUGCAGCUCUUGUGCUGGUAAGUCCUUGUUUAUCUUUUGUUGGAGCCAUGCAUCGGGUCCACUUGUACUGAAAACCUAAAGUAGAAACCCAGAUAAAAUGUUCAACACA